AUGGCUGUGCCAACUUCUGAAUUCACCUUCUCGAUGAGCGCACGAUCCGCAGUGGAGCUCACCCCUUCGUCGUCAUCUCGAGACAGCAGUAGCGAAGGAAAUUCAGUUUGGACCCCGCAAACCCCGACUUCGAUCCCUUUAUUUCAGAGUUUGAGUCUGAACGAUUCCUCAGACACAAUGCACACCCCUAGAUCUAGACCAACAAGUGGAUGGCUAAGCCCGGGUAGCUCGCCCUCGACUUAUGGACAUCAGCAUAAUGCCUCUCCAAGUCCAAGACCCGGGGUUCUACCUACAUCACAUGGUAGGCAAGCUUCCCAAAGGACUCGUUCAGUAUUUUCCAGCUCUACGCGAGCCUAUGAAAAUGUUCCUGGAGCUUUUCCUGCCUCGAGUGCUGGAGAGGAAAAUCCUAUUUCCGGGAAUGAUGCCACAGGAGACGAAGAAAUCUCAGAUAGCGAUGAAGGUAGCGAUGAUGAUGAAAGAACCGAAGCUCAGACAGUUGAUAUCCGCGAAGAGCCCCUUCCUGCUGCCCCAAUUUAUAAUCAUCGGCUACAGGAUAGUCUGAAAGAAGUUAAAAGCGAAUUGGCUUCUCUGGCCGAAAUGAUGGGACUCUCUGAGUUGAACCAAGAUCAUUCUUCUGCUCUCCAUGCCCUGUUUGAAAAGACUAAGAAAAUGAGCAUGUUUGAGUAUCCAGUGACUCGAACCGUGGGCUUUAUUGGUGACUCUGGCGUUGGAAAAAGCUCUUUGAUUAAUUCAUUGCUUGAUCAGCAGAGCCUGUCACGCUCGAGCAGCGAAGGCUCGGCUUGCACCUGCGUCGUGACUGAGUUUCGACAUGUUGAUGACAACCACACCGGACCUUUCACCAUUGAAGCUGACUUCAUGUCUUCAGAAGAAAUGAAAGACCUUUUAGGAGAGCUGCUUACAACUUUCCGUCAGUUCCACGUCACUCGAUUCUGCUUGGAGUUGAACACGCACGAGGAUCAGAUUAAGUGUAAAGCUCAAGCUGAGAAAGCCUGGGAAACCUUCCGGUCUUUGUUCAGUGAUCAACCCGGUUUAACGAUGGAGCACCUUUCCGAAGACUACGAAGGCGCUCACUCAAGUCUUCUUGCACAGUUAGAGCGAUGGGCCUCUGCUGGCUUAGCACACCGACCUGGUGGGCUUGAUGCAACUGAAUACUCUGUCAUUGCUGGUGAUAUCGAGGAGUGCAGAGAUACCCUUGAUAUGCUGACUGGUAGUAAUUCUCCUGAAGGUAGACCGGCGCUUUGGCCAUUCAUAAAGUUGAUCAGAGUAUAUCUCAGAUCACCCAUUUUACGAACCGGCUUAGUAUUGGCCGAUCUACCUGGCUUCAGUGAUCUGAAUUUUGCCAGAGUUCGAGCGACCGAGCGGUAUCUUUCUCAUAGCUGCGAUGAAGUUUUCGUUGUGGUCGAUAUCGGCCGUGCCUGCACAAACCCGUCGAUCCAAGACAUUUUGCGAAGAUGCAAAGAUGGUCAGCCGCGACGAAUUAUUUGCACAAAGUCGGAGGACAAUUCUCCUGAAGAAUCUUCUCGCGGAGAUAACGCCCAUUCUCGUCGAGUCAAGGAAUUGCAUAAAAAUCUCCAGGCUGUCCGGCAGAAGAUUCAAUCAACUGAGUCCAGAGCCAGACGAACAUCUAAUGCAAGGCAAGCAGAGUUGGCGGUCAAGCUAUUUGAGCUACGUGAAAGGGAAACGAAAAUGAAUUUCGAUAUGCGGAAGCUUCUCACCACUCAUCGAAACCUCCAGGUAACAGAAGGUCUCCUUGCAAGACACCCAGAUGUCAAGGUCUUUUGUGUUAGCAACACACUCUACUCCCAGUACCGCUUUAGCAGACACAGUGAGGAAGAAGCAUACGUUGAUCUUGCGGGAAUUCGGGAGCUGCGCCGCUACUGCCAAUUAGUACCAUCUGCCGCACUGAUGCGCGCAACAUCAGAAUUUUUGAAUCAUCAAGUGCCAGCUCUGCUUUUAUCUUUGCGUCAGUGGGCUUUGUCUGGCACGGACUCUGUCACAGGUGCAAAUGCCGCUCUCCUGCGGCAGGCUCUGGAAAAUGCGCAGGAUAUUUUCCAUAGGGGACUCAUUUCUAAUCAGGGACUGGCUCAUGUCUUGCGCCGGGGCUUGGUUGGUCUUCAUAACGAAUGCAUUACCGGCAUAAUUCGGCAAUCUUUGACUCCCUGGACGGCCGGAAGUAUUCAGAUCAGCCGGGAAUGGGCAGGAUGGUCCCAUGCGACGUAUACCGCGUUUUGUCGGCAUUUUGGAGAACAUAGGACCGAUGCUGUACCUGAAGGUCGUUGUUGGAAUGAUGAUUUACUCCGACCAGCGCAGGAUCAGCUCAUCUCUAAUUGGGACAAUAUACAGAAUUGGCUACAUCUGCAGGAGGAAAUCUUGGAGAGAGUCACUGGCGCUGUUUUUGACCAAUGUUGCAGAGAAAUCGAUGCGCAUAUUCAUCUUGCACCGCGCGCGCUCGAGAAUCUGCAACGAAGCAUGGAUGUCAGGAAGCAAUGUGUCGAAGAUCAUUUCUGGAAUUCCAUGCAGAAGAUCAAACAAAUUUCAGAGAACACAAAACGAGACAUGGCUUUCGGUCAUGCCAGCUCGUAUAUUUCAGGCCUGAUGCAGCCUGCAUAUGCCAGAAUCAACCAAGAAGGAGGCACGGGAAGUGACAGACGCCGGAAGAAGAUCAUGGAGAAUCACCUAACACAUUCGAUGCUUUUUGCAAAUCUCUCUAGCAUAGCUAGAAGAGAGUAUAAACAAGCAAUUGAUGAGUGCUUCGAUGACCUACAGAUGAAAGUCACCGAGGAAGUAGAGUGUAUGGUGAGAGACUUGAAUGCGGUAAUUGCGGUUGAAGGUCGUCUUUCAGAAGCGGAAAAAGCGCCUGCAGUAGCCGAGGCCCUGAACUGUCGCUUCCAGGGGACCGAGGACAUUCUACAAAGGGCUAGGGCCAUUGUACAAGAGCUCAACGGGGAAGACUGA